AUGUGCAUCAAUGUUAACUACAAAAUUGUACAUAAUGAUGCAACGGCCACUGAGGUUUUACCAGCGGAUUAUCUGAAGUACAAAUCAGAUGAAAACUACGAUGAAUACGCUGAAGAUGACAAUCCACAAAAUUCAGACGAAAAUGCUGCAGAACAAGAAGAUGCUUAUGAUGAAUCUUUUUCUUACUCUCCAAAAAAUUACGUCGAAACAACUAAAAAUCCCCCAAUCACCCAACCGUUGUCCCCUAUAACUACAGAGCACGGUUUCACGAGUGCAGUAACAAAUUCACUGCCCACAACAGAAAACUUUCAAAAGCUGGAAAACAGGGUUACCAGUACACUACCUGAGAACCCAUUCCUAACAACUACAAUUCCUACUUACACUACAAAAUUUUCAACUUAUGAGACCACAACUCCAGAUGCUGAAAAAUUAUACUCCCCUGACGAAAACUCAGAUUCUAAAGAUGUCAUACAAUCAUUACUUUCAGAAUCUGCAACGCCUAGCUCAACUAAACAAUUUUUAUCUUACCAAACCACAUCUGGUAUUAACAAACAAACAGACUUUUACCCGACUUUAAUUACUAAACAACCAUGGUAUCACAUGAGUACAACUCCCAACACCACCAGUUAUUCACCAUUCUACGAAACUACAACUAAACACUCUUUACCUAAUGAAGCUCCAACUCCAAACACCCAAACGCAACAGUCUUAUGAAACCACAACAUCAGAAUCUACAACCGCACAAUCCUUAUCAUACCGACCUACUGCUGCUAAUUACAAGGAAUAUUUUUUUGAAACCACGCUUCCCGGACCUACUAUCCAACCCCUGUCUCAUGAUACUACAACCCCGUAUGCAAAAACUACUAUUGCGACCGUUGCGACUACUACACAGUCGCCACCUUACAGAACUACAGCUGGCAGUAGUAAUAUACAGCAAUGGCCAUACCAGACUAUUGGCUAUAGCAAUCCAAAGCAGUUCUUGUCUUACCGUGCUAAAACUUCUGAUGAUAAUAGGCAAUAUAUUCCCUACAAAACUACAACUCCACGGCCAAUCCUGAAGUCUUUAUCUUAUGAAACCACAACUCAAAGCCUUGCGCAGUACCUUCCAUAUCGGAACACUCCUCCUAAUAUUAGGAGAGAACAUGGAACUUAUGGAUCUACAGUUACUAGCGUUAACAGACAGCAACAUGCACAUUAUGAGACUACAACUCCAAGUACUGCAAGGCAGUCCCCAGGUUACCGAACGACACUUUACAGUAUGGUCAAAGGUUACUCUGCUCACGGAACAACCAUCCCUAGUGGUAUCAAGCCGUAUGUUUAUUAUGAGACUACAACUCCCAGAGCUAUCAAUCAAUACUAUUAUCAGAAGACACCUCCUAGCAUUAUUAGGCAAUACUUCGUUUAUGAGACUCCAGCAACCAGUGCUACUAAACAGUAUUUUUACUACGAGGCUACAACUCCCAGAGCCAUCGUACAACCCUCAAGCUACUGGGGUACAUCUUACAACAACGCGGUGACCGCCGGUCGCGGAUCUGCAAGGCCAGUAAGCAACAGAAAAAUUCCCACUUACACAGUUCCAGCUCGUAACGGUGUCAUACAAUUCCUGCCUUAUAGAACUACGUCUUCUAAUACCAACAGACAGCCCUCAUCUCAAGCAGCUCUGAAACCAGUAACAACUAGAAAAUUCACAAGCUACAGGACUGUGCUCCCCAUUACUGUAAACAGAUACCCACCCUUUGGAGGAAUUUUUCCUAGUACUUCUCAACAAAUUAUAUCCUACAGAACUUCGUAUGAACCGGUAAGCUAA